GGAGAUAGUUGUACCACAUACAAUCUCAUCACAUAUCAUCAAACUCACACAGAAAAAAAAAAAACAUCACAGUGUGAACAAAAUCAUAAAUCAGAAGAGAAUCCCACAAAGUCUUCAAUAUUUGGCCCCAGUAGCUGCCGGGGCUGGUGAAACUCAUGGAAAGGAGGAGUACUAGUACCUCUGGCAUAAUCUCUGCUGCAUUCUCUAAGGAUUUGCAUCUCAAAUUUCCAAAAGAAGAUGGGGUUUUUCAUCUGCAGGUUAGUAAUAAUGGUAACAAUAUUGGUGAAAACAGGUUGUUCUCUUCUUCAGUACUACUACCUGCAGCCAUGGCCGUCCCUGCUGGAACUGAAACGAAUACUGCAAAAACUACUUGUAAAGAGGCUGCUAAAGCUGCUGCUGAUGAUGAUGAUGAUCAUCAUCAUAGUAUUGUUCAUCCUGAAAUUUCCGGAUGGUUUUCCGAGCAUUGUCCGAUAUGGCCAGGGCAAGCACACUUUUUGAAGGUCGAAAAGAUGUUAUUUCAGGGAAAGUCCGAGUACCAAAGUAUGAUGGUAUUUCAGUCACAAGCAUAUGGGAAGGUAUUUGUGCUGGAUGGAGCACUUCAACUUACUGAAAAGGAUGAGUGUGCUUACCAAGAAAUGAUUACCCACCUUCCUCUUUGCUCCAUUCCAAAUCCAAAAAAGGUGUUAUUGAUUGGAGGAGGAGAUGGUGGUAUCUUAAGGGAAAUUUCACGUCACUCUACUGUCCACCAAAUUGAUAUCUGCGAAAUAGACACUAUGCUAAUUGAUGUUUAUAAGGAAUUUUUUCCUGAUAUUGCUGUUGGAUAUGAAGACUCUCGCGUAACACUUCAUGUUAAAGAUGGAAAUGCGUUUUUGAAGUCUGUUCCAGGAGGAACCUAUGAUGCUAUAAUUGUGGAUGCCUUUGAACCCAUUAGGUCUGAUGAUGAACUUCACCGAACUCCGUUCUUUGGGUUGGUGGCAAAAGCUCUUCGGCCAGGUGGAGUCCUUUGUAUUCAAGCAGAGAGCAUAUGGUUCCAAUCCCUAAAUAUUGAACAACUUUUAUCAAAAUAUCACCAAAUUUUCAAAGGCUCUGUUCGAUAUGCAUGGACUAUUGUUCCUGCUUAUCCAAGUGGGGUAAUUGGUUUCUUGCUUUGCUCUAAGGAGGGGCCAUCUGUGGAGUUCAAAUAUCCGAUUAACCCAAUUGAUCCUAAUGAGACACAUGGUGUAGCAAAAACACCCUUGAAGUUCUAUAACUCUGAGAUGCACUCGGCUGCAUUUUGUUUGCCAUCUUUUGCAAAGAAGGUGAUUGACUCGAAAGUAAGUGAAUGAAGAAGUUGGUAGAUGCACAACUCAGACAGCAAAGGGAUUAUAUAUAUAUGUUCAUCUAGAAGAUAUUCAUAUAUGAUUAGCAAUGUUUGCCACCAUACACACUUACUCCAACAAAAUCUUUUCCAAACCCAAACAUCAUCAUUGUGUUUUUGAUUGCAACUCUUAAAAGGAUUGGACUCCAUAAUUUGUUUCAUUAUAUAUAUGCACAAUUUAAUCACUUUCGAAGUUGGUUUGCUUUGAAAUAAUAAUAAAUUCAAACUUUGUCUAA